AGCCUUCCGGCGGGCACACACGGGCCGCGCGAGGGCCUUCCGGCGGCGGCGGCGCGGGGCGGCGGCGCGAUGGAGACGAUCCUGGAGCAGCAGCGGCGCUACCACGAGGAGCGGGAGCGGCUCAUGGACGUCAUGGUGAAGGAGAUGCUCACUAAGAAGUCCACGCUCCGCGACCAGAUCAACUCGGACCACCGGACCCGGGCCAUGCAGGACAGGUACAUGGAGGUGAGCGGCAACCUGCGGGACCUGUACGACGACAAGGACGGCCUCCGGAAGGAAGAGCUCAGUGCCAUUUCUGGGCCAAAUGAAUUUGCGGAGUUUUACAACAGACUGAAGCAAAUUAAGGAAUUUCACCGGAAGCACCCAAAUGAGAUCUGUGUUCCCAUGUCAGUGGAAUUUGAGGAGCUGCUGAAGGCCAGAGACAACCCGAGUGAAGAAGCUCAGAAUCUGGUGGAGUUCACGGAUGAGGAAGGGUACGGACGAUACUUGGAUCUGCAUGAUUGUUAUCUCAAGUACAUUAACCUGAAAUCGUCAGAGAAAUUGGAUUAUAUCACUUACUUAUCCACAUUCGACCAACUCUUUGAUAUUCCUAAGGAGAGAAAAAAUGCUGAAUAUAAAAGGUACCUUGAAAUGCUCCUGGAGUACCUGCAGGAUUACACAGAUCGAGUGAAACCGUUACUGGACCAGAAUGAACUUUUUGGGAAAAUUCAGACGGAGUUUGAGAAAAAGUGGGAGAAUGGCACGUUCCCGGGCUGGCCGAAAGAGACCAGCAGUGCCCUCACCCACGCCGGCGCCCACCUGGACCUCUCAGCCUUCUCCUCCUGGGAGGAAUUGGCCUCCUUGGGACUGGACAGGUUAAAAUCAGCUUUGCUGGCCCUGGGGCUGAAGUGUGGCGGGACUCUGGAGGAGCGUGCUCAGAGGCUUUUUAGCACUAAAGGCAAAUCCUUGGAAGCACUUGAUCCUUCCUUGUUUGCUAAGAAUCCAAAGACAAAAGGAAGCAAAAGAGACACUGAAAGAAAUAAAGAUCUGGCGUUCCUGGAAGCUCAGAUUUAUGAGUAUGUAGAAGUUCUUGGGGAGCAGAGACACCUCACCCAUGAGAACGUGCAGCGUAAGCAGGCGCGGACUGGGGAGGAGAGGGAGGAGGAGGAGGAAGAGCAGAUCAGUGAGAGUGAGAGUGAAGAUGAAGAAAAUGAAAUCAUUUAUAACCCUAAAAAUCUGCCUCUUGGUUGGGAUGGCAAGCCCAUCCCGUACUGGUUGUAUAAACUCCAUGGUUUAAACAUCAACUACAACUGUGAGAUCUGUGGUAACUACACCUACCGAGGGCCCAAGGCGUUCCAGCGGCACUUUGCAGAGUGGCGACAUGCCCAUGGGAUGCGGUGCCUGGGCAUUCCCAACACGGCACACUUUGCCAACGUCACACAGAUUGAGGAUGCAGUCUCAUUGUGGGCAAAGCUGAAACAGCAGAAGGCUUCAGAGAGGUGGCAGCCUGAUACAGAGGAGGAAUAUGAAGAUUCCAGCGGGAACGUCGUGAAUAAAAAGACCUAUGAAGACCUGAAGCGGCAGGGGCUGCUGUAGCUGUGCCCAGGUGAAGGAUCCCACACCUGUGCAGUGAGUGGAUGUGGCAGCAGCUCUGACUUCCUGUUUCUGCAUUUUGUAUGUGCAUGAAUAUAGAUUAAAAUGAUACUUUAUAGAAUCACUUUCUAGUAAGCCCCUUGUGAAAAGCAGACUUGUGAGAUUGUUUUAUAUUCAAAAAUACCUUGAAAAAUAAACUCAUUUUAAUUUAGGAA